AUAGUGGCAGUGAAAGGUUAUUCAUCAUCGGGUUUGGUUUUGGGGAGACUUUUUAGGUGUCUACAACUGGAUAACUGGGGAGCUAGGGUAUGCUGAGGUUGGGCAAAUUUGGUAUAAGAAGCAUGGGUGUAGUUUAUAUAGUGGUAGAAAACAAAUACUGACUGAUGCUGACAUACCAGAGUUCUUAGAAGCAAAAUAAAGUGAUGGUUGGUACAUAUUAUACUUGGUGCAACCUAAGAAAGACUAUGCUGCUGAGACUUGUAGCACAGAGGAGUCACAAAGGAGUAAUUCAGCAGUGUUGUGUGAGUCAAAAAGGGGUGAGGAAUCAGCAAUGGGGGGUGAGUUAAGUAGUGAGUUGGUUGAGACAAGUUCAAAAAGUGUGGGGCCCCUAAUAAUAAAAUAUUCCCUUGCAAACCCUACAUCUACUUUCCCUUAUACCUCCCCUAUUUUGCCUCAAAACAGUACCUUAUCCAAUUCAGAUCUAAAUCCACUUAGAUCAGAAAAACUCCCAACUUUCUCCAAAACAAAACCCAAGCUGAAAUCUUUGACUGAGGUCAAAGAGGGUGAAAGUAGGGGGGGGAUUAGAGAUCAUACCUGAGAGAGGUGAGGUUCUUCCUAGUCACAAUGAUGAGAAUGAUGACAGUGAUGUUGUAUUGAAUGAUGAUGAUUUUGAAGAUAUAGGUGAUGAUGAUCUGUUUUCUGAAAAUAUUGGUGUUGGUAUAACUGAAAGAGUGAUUGAGAGCUUAGGUGGUUCUAAACUGAUUGUGGUUGAAUACCAUAGAGAGGAUGAAGAAGAGGAUAAUGUGGAGGAGGAGGGAGAUCAGUUGCAACGUAAUCAUGAUUUAAAUGAUAGUGACUGUGAGGAUGAACCUCAAUUAGGAUAUGAUCAUGAGGGAAGACCUGAGUACCCCAUAUUCAACCCAGAAGUAGACUUUAAGAAAAAAAAAUUGAACUUAGAUUUGGACUGAAAUUCCCAUCCAAUUUAGUAUUCAGAAAAGCUUUGAGAAAUCAUGCUAUUGAAAAUGGGUAUGAUUACUACUACCUACAUAACUCAAAUGUGAGAGUGUCUGCAUACUGUGCGAAGAGAUGUGCAUGUCCAUGGUAGAAAGGUAGAAAUCUAUACAAGUGUGUCUGUAAUCAGAAGAGGAAGUGUAGAUUUAAGGUCCAUUGCAAGAAACUGAAAGGAGAGGAAACUUUUCAAAUUAAAAGUUUUAGAGGAGAACACAUUUGUGGUCAUCAACAUGUUAAUCCCAAGUUCCUCAAAGUACAUAGUAGAGAGAUACCUUGAGGACUGGAGAGAUGACCCAUGUAUGAGCAUGAAAGCAUUCAUUAGUAGGGCUACCAGAGAAGUACAAUCUGAGAUAAAAUAUCAUAAGGCCUAUAAUGCUAAGGAAAUAGCACUGAAAAUGUUGUUUGGAGAUGCUUCAUAGGAGUAUAAAAAAGUGUGGGAUUAUGCAGCUGCUAUUAAAAAAUACAACCCUAGAAGCACAACUAUUGUUAAGGUCACAGGAAUAGAGAACCCCCCACCAUUGUUCCAAAUGAUGUAUGUGUGUCUACAACCUUGUAAGGAAGGGUUCAUUGUUGGGUGUAGGCCAAUUUUGGGAGUUGAUGGGGCAUAUCUGAGAGGUCCUUUUCCUGGUAUCUUAUUAACAGCAGUUGGAAAAGACGGAAAUAACAACAUUUUUCCAGUCGCUUGGGCAGUAGUUGAGACUGAAAAUGCUGAAACUUGGAAAUGGUUUUUGGAACUCUUGGUGCAAGACAUAGCAACAGUGGCUGAUUCAAUUACACGGGUUCAUGAGAAUGAAAACCUCACCUACAUGUCAGAUAGACAGAAGGGGUUGCUGGAUGCUUUUAGUAGUGUGGUGCCAAAUGUAGAUAUAAGGUUUUGUUGUAGACACAUAUGGUCUAACUUCAAAACCAAAUUCCCAGGGGAGAUAUAUAGAGAACACUUUUGGAAGGCUGCAAGAGCCUCUACUAAGCAUCAUUUUCAGCAACAAAUGGAAGCUAUCAAACUCAUAAACAUUGAUGCACACAAAUAUUUAGAGUCAAUACCAGUGAGCAGUUGGUCAAGACAUGCAUUCACCACUAUGUGGUGAGCAGUCUGGUAUGAUUUAAAAUAAUUGUUGUGAAUCCUUUAAUAAUGUUUUGAGAGAGGCAAGAACAAAACCCAUCAUAUCCCUUAUGGAGUGGAUAAGGAGAUAUGUCAUGAAGAGAUGUUGUGCAAAAAGAGAGGGUUUGAAGAAUUUUACUGGCCAGAUCAUGCCAUCUGUAGAUAAGAUGAUAGAAAAUGGAUUGUUAAAGGUGUCUAAUAUGAGAGUUAAUCAGGCAGAUUUAUAUGAAUUUGAGGUAGAUGAUGAAAAUGAUACUUAUGUAGUCAAUUUGCAAAGUAAGGUGUGUGGGUGUUUUCGGUGGAGUUUGUUGGGAAUUCCAUGUUGGCAUGCACUUGCCUGUAUUGUGAAGAGAAGGUUGCCACAUGAGGAGUUUGUGCAUCCUGCAUACCAUGUCAGCACCUAUGCUGCAACUUAUGCUCCCAUAUUCAGAGCAAUGCCUGGGUACAAGCAGUGGGAUGUGCAACCUCUACCCUAACCUUUACCCCCUCCUUAUAGGAUAAUGCCUGGAAGGCCUAGUAAAAAGAGAAGAGUGAAAGAAGCCGGGGAAGAUAAGGAGAAGCAGUUGGUGAAAAGAGCAAAGAGAAGUAACAAGUACUCUAAUUGUGGUGGUCUUGGUCACUACAAAACAAAGUGCCAAAAUGUGACACAACCACAACCAAUCAACAAGGGUGGGAGACCUAGGUCAGGUGAUGCCACUACUCAGUCACAACAGGUUGCUGCAAAUUCCACUCAACUCAGUCAUUCCCUAUCAACUACUAGGGCAUCAGCAACUGCAUCCAACACCACUGCAAAAAAGGCAAAGGCACCUCCACCAGCACCUAAAGCAACUACUUCUACCAGGGCAGCAACUGCAGCAAAGGUAGCAGCAACAAGCACAACAACAGCUUCAAAAAGAGCAGCAGCAAAAAAGACUUCAACUUCACAUCCAACAACCAGCAGAGGAGCAAAUAAGUAAAAAAAAAAACUAAAUCAAUGACUAGUUUGAUUACAAGCAGUCAGAACGUGCAAUCUUCACAAGCAUCCUGUAACUUUGUCAAGCAAUCUUAAAAAACAAGGGUUUAAUAUUUUGACAUUCUUUGUCAUGCUUUUUUUUGGGAAAUUAAUUCCUUAAUAGUUUGACAUUAAGGAAAUUUCUGUGUGAUAAUUGCAAUGUCACUUUUGUAAACACUACUCUUAUUUUGGAUCGUAUUUAUAACAUGCAUUAU